AACCAGCACCUGCCAACCUGCGCUAAGCACUGGGGCAACAACCGACUUUUCUGGCACAGCAUCACUACUCAUCUUGGAGGAUGGAAGCUUGUUACUCUCAAGAUGAAUUUAAUGUCUCCUCAUACAAAGCAACGUUUAUGGUCAUCACCUCACUUCAAGCAUUUGCUGGCAUGGGGAUAAACGCUUUCGUUGUUUCUGUGCUUUGUAUUGGUUUGGUCAAAAAGAAAACUUUUAACUCUAAUGAGAAGAUCUUGCUGUUUCUGGGAUGUUCCAGGUUUUGGUUUUUGUGCAUCACAUGGGUAUAUUACUUUCUUGCAAUAAUUUAUCCCCAGUGCUUUAAUGUUCGCCCCAUACCCCAGCUCUUUGCAGCUUUUCAAAACUUUUUCAACUCUUCCAACUUGUGGGUUUCUGCCUGUCUUUGUAUUUUCUAUUGUAUAAAAAUUGUAAAUUUCAGGUACAUCUUCUUCAUCUACCUGAAAGCAAAAAUUGACAGGAUCGUGCCAUGGCUGUUGUUGGGUUCAGUGCUUUUAUCCCUGGUCAUCAGCAUCCUUGCCUACAACUUCACUGAUGAAACACACUAUAACAAUUCCACCAAAUUUGGAAAUUUCUGGAAACUGGAUCUCAGAACAGAUCAACGUUAUUUCCCUCUGGUUUUUAUCAGCGGGUUUGAAUUUGCCACUGCAUUCCUGACAGUAAUCCUUUCUGCCCUUCCCCUCCUCUUUUCUCUCUGGAGACACAAAUGCAAGAUGCAAACAAACUCAGAGAAGACCCUCAGCAUGGACGUUAACAUCAAAGUCAUUAAAUCUGUUCUGGCAUUCCUCAUAAUUUACACCAUCAACUUUACAUGUUUGGUCUUGACACUGAUUUAUGCCACGAAGAAUGAAAGCCUUCUGCUGUUUCUUAUUUUAGUAUUUCAGUAUGCUUUUCCAGCUCUUCAUUCCCUUAUUCUGAUUUUCAGCAACCCCAAACUGGAAAAGACACUGCUAAAGACCCUGCACUAUGUGAAGGGCAAAGUUUGCAUGAGGUAG